AAUGAGACCCUCACCUGCCAGGUUGCUCAAUAUUCUCGUUCCCGUCAAAAGGGCCGUUGACUAUGCGGUCAAAAUUCGCGUCAACGCCCAACAGACUGGUGUCGACCUGAACGUGAAACAUUCCAUGAACCCUUUUGAUGAGAUUGCUGUCGAAGAAGCCGUCCGACUACGAGAACGUUUCAAGGAUGAAAUCAAGACCAUCAAAGCAAUUACUAUAGGUCCUUCUAAAUCAGCAGAAACACUUCGGACAGCACUCGCUAUGGGUGCAGAUUCUGCCAUCCACGUCGAAAUUCCUGAAAACGCCCCUGCACCGGAACCACUCGGAGUCGCUAAAACUCUUCGAGCGAUCAUUGAAAAGCAGAAAGAUAGUGGAGGAAUUGACAUCGUUAUUCUUGGGAAACAGUCUAUCGAUGAUGACUUGGGUCAGACAGGGCAGAUGUUGGCUGGCUUGAUGGGAUGGUCUCAGGCUACUUACGCGAGUAAAGUGGAUUUGGACAUCCCGAAGAGGGAGGCAACGGUAGUGAGAGAGAUUGACGGCGGUUCUGAAGAGAUAAGGUGCAAGCUGCCGCUGGUGGUCACCACGGAUCUUCGAUUAAACGAGCCCCGAUACGCCUCUCUGCCAAACAUCAUGAAGGCAAAGAAGAAGCCGUUUGAAAAACUCAAGCCAGAAGAUCUCGGCGUGGACCUUACACCGCAGAUGGAGACUGUUAAGGUUACUGAACCACUGAAACGAGUAGGUGGUGUCAAGGUUGCAAACGUAGACGAAUUGGUGGCCAAACUCAAAGAGGCAGGGUUCACCGCAGUCAAGAAUUAGAUUUACACAUCCUCAUUGUAAUUGUACGCUCAUCACGACACAUAUUAUAUUCACAACUCGCGUGCCUCUAUUUCAGACCUGUCUCGAAACCCUUUCAAACGAUGUAUUAUACAACCUCGCC